GCCAUCAAUGGACGCGAUCCUUGCCACUUCUUUCGGACAUGCAGACACGCCUGAUUGAGGGGUCCACAGCCGUGUUCAAUGUGUCCUGGGAUGCUUUAGAAGAGGCCAACUGGACGCGAUCUCUGAACCUUCUGAGCGCACUCGCCAGCGCACGACUACGUCACAGCACCACCACUGCGGGCAGCGCCCUACGCGCUGCCACGCGAAGGUGGACCGCGUGCCUUUCCCUGCUGUGUCACUUUGGAACAGCAUCUUUGCGAGGCAACACCAUCACUCUGAAUUCGGCUGUCGCCGCUUGU